AUGCAAGACCCUGACAGCAUUGACGAUAUGUAUCGCCUGUGGUUGACAUCGAUGCCCUCGCCCACUUUCCCAGUUCCUGUGCUACAGGGCGGCAUCAAGAUCACCAACGAGCCUCCCAAGGGUUUGAGGGCCAACCUGACGCGCAGUUUCCAGGACAUCACGCCCGAGAUCUACGAGGGCUGUACCAAACCCCGCGUUCAAGAAGCUCUUGCCAGAUGCCCAGACUGCACAUGGUGGGUUGCAAUCAAUUGCGUUGCCGUUCUUCUUCAGCUGCACUUGCUGGCUGCUGUCUCCUUGCCCGUUUGGUGCUUGCCCGUGACGGUCCUUAAAUCAGACCGUGGCAACCACGUCCACGAGCGAAUUCGCGCGAUGCGGUGCUUGGAGCUCGAGGAAGCGGUCAACCCCAAGGAGCGGCCCCUGCAAGAUGAAGAGGCACCACCUGAGGCGAGGUGUCCUGCAGAAAAGGACCGAGGUCCUGCUUUGACUUGGUGGUUCCGUGCAUGCUGCUUCUGCUACAGCGCCGUUGGUAUCGACAUGGCCUGGCGCCUCGGUUAUGUUGCUUGCCACUGUGCCUCCUAUCCUUGGCAGCUGGAGGCAUGCCUCCUGCUUCUUCAGGGAUGUCUGUCCUUUAUGCACGACGCCUACUUCGCAGGGCGUUCGCCUGCAGCGAAGCUUGCAGAUAGGUGCUGCGCUACCUUUCUCACCAUGUGCCAGCCACUGAAGCUGGCAUUUUGCAGCAUGGAUGCGGUGCAGCUCGCCCUUUUGUGCUGCUCGUGGACGUUGGGCCUCCUGUGCUUCAAAGCGGGCGCUCGUGCCUUCGUGGCAGGCAAUGGCCGCAGAUACCAGUUUUUUCACACGCUGUGGCAUAUCCUUCUUCCCUUGGGAGGCUACUUGUGGAUCGAGUACACUCGGCUAUCCGUCCUCCUUUUGCACGCUAGUUCCCAUCAACAUCCGCUGCUGAGCUCCGAAGCCAUUUGGGCAGCGAAACACAGCACGCACGGCGAGGAUGUUGGCACUCUUCUCCUUUGGGGCCCAGGCGCAGCCGGCCCGGAUUGCCUGCAGCGUUCCUAUGCCCGGCUGUGGUCCCUUCGGAUGAAGGACAGGCAGCACAACUUCGAAGCUCCUUCCCGGAUCUUCCCGGAAUUCAGUGGGCGUGGUGUGAACAUGGCAUUGUCCUUCCCAUAUCUCUUCAUGAGCACGGACGUUGUUGUGGUGUCGCUGGGGCCGAGGGUGUAUGGAGAUGAGUUAAGACUCGAUAAGCCGAUGAGACUCACCCAAGUCCUGCUGCCAGAGUUAAUCCCAGAAGAGCGCGCCGCGCCAUGGCCGAAGUUGCCGCCAAGAAUUUACAAGGUGUAUGGAGAUGAGUUAAGACUCGAUAAGCCGAUGAGACUCACCCAAGUCCUGCUGCCAGAGUUAAUCCCAGAAGAGCGCGCCGCGCCAUGGCCGAAGUGCAAGAAGCUAGACCCCUUUUGCACUUCGUACUCACUCGCCUUCUUCCAUGCAGCCAUCCUUGAGCGGCGAAAGUUCGGACCCAUCGGUUGGAACGUCCCCUAUGAGUGGAUGGAUAGUGACUUCCAGGUGUCUCGCGAGCAGGUGCAGAUGUAUCUGGAAUCCCAGCCUGGGGUACCGUGGAUCACGCUGAACUAUAUCAUCGCCGAGGUCAACUAUGGAGGACGUGUUACUGACGACAAGGACGUUCGCCUCAUCAGCGCCUUCUUGAAGCGCUACUUCAACGAAGGGGUACUUCAGGAUGGCUACCAGCUGAGCCCCCUCGAUGCCUACACGUGCCCCAAUGAGGGAUCUUUAGAAGAGGUCCGGGAGCACGUCCGCAACUUACCCUUCGACGAGGAUCCGCAGGUUUUCGGGCUGCACCCGAAUGCGCAGAUCACCGCGCAGACAGAGGAAGCACGGAAGUUCCUUGGCAUCAUCCUCUCCGUGCAGCCCCGCAUCGCAGCUGCUGGCGGCGGAAAGCGGCCGGAGGAGCUGGUGGCAGAGAUGGCUGAGGCGUUCCUCGGCCGAGUGCCAGCAGUCAUGCUGCGAAAGCAUGCAAGUCCCGAAACGUACAAGAAAACCGCUGAUGGCGGCAUUGUGUCUUUGGGUGUCUUUCACGGACAGGAGAUGGACCGCUUCAACGUGCUGAUCAGCCGUGUACAGGACACCUUGGUGACACUGGGCAGAGCCAUCAAGGGCUUCGUGGUGAUGUCUGCGCAGUUGGAGGACAUGUACAACUGCUUUUUGUCCCAGAAGUUGCCACCCCUCUGGGACGAGGUUUCAUACCCCUGCCUGAAACCAUUGAACUCCUGGUUCUCCGACUUCGAGGAGCGCGUGGACUUCAUGACCCGUUGGCUGAAGAUGGGUCCGCCCUCCAGCUACUGGGUUCCAUGCUUCUACUUCCCGCAGGGCUUCAUGACUUGCUCCAAGCAGGUCCAUGCGCGGAAGACCAAGAUUCCGAUAGAUGCCUUGGUCUUCUGGCAAGAGCCAACAGCCUGCACUGAGCCCCGAAUGGCGGAUCCUCCGGCCGACGGAGUGAAAGUGCACGGACUCUUCCUGCAGGGUGCUGGCUGGGAUGUGCCCUCAAAGAAGAUGGUGGAGUCUGAAAAGGCGGUGCUUUUCAAGGAGUUGCCAGUGAUUUGGGUCCAAGUGGUCGAGGAGGCUACCUUUCAGAAGGUUUCUGUUGAGCCCGGCAGGUACAUUUGCCCUGUGUACAAGACAUCCCUCCGAAAGGGAACUCUGGCUACGACAGGUCACUCUACCAACUUUGUUUGCUUUUUCCGGCUGCCCAGCAGCGAGGAGGAUCAAGGCCACUGGGUCCGCCGUGGCGUGGCGCUUCUUUGUAUGCUGGAUGAUUGA